AAAAAACAUAAAUGUGUUAAAAUUGUAUUACAUGUAUCAGUUUUGGGUUUAUUGACAAUUAGAUUUGCAGGCUUGCAAUUUUUGCGCUUGUUAGUGUAAGUGGGUCAUUUCGUUUGUGACAUAAGCCUUUUUUAUCCUAAAGCAACAUUAUAUCAUAAUAUUGAUUAGACAUCGGCAGCCACGGUGAAAGCCAAACCGCGAAAAAUGCAACGACAGACCAAAUAAUCCAUCUUUUUUAUUUAAACCGUAAAACAAAAACCGAUCGAAUAAAAGUCAUAUAAAAGGACCGACAAACAGGAAGAAGUCAGUAGCGAAUCAUCGGCUCCACUGUACAAUACAACAAUGAAUGGUUACAAGGGGCUCUGUGUCCUUGGUUUGGUUGUGGUGAUCGGAGUGUGCCUGGUGCAAACCAGGGAAAUCGCCAGGGACCUCGAGGACUUGGAAACAGCAGCUUCCAAACACCAUGGACAUGCGUUCAAGAAAGGUGGCGGCAAAGAACAUCAUUCGGACCAUCAUUCCAGCCAUGGUGAAAAGGGUGACAAGGGCUACAAGGGACACCAUCACCACGAAAAAGGAUCCAAGGGACACCACGACAAGGAGGGGCACAAGAAGCACUACGAGGAGCACGGAGGACACAAGAAGAAACACCACCACGACGACGGGUAUCAUGCCGAGCACCAUAAAGGAGAAAAGGGAGAGAAAGGACACAAGUACGGAGAGAAGGGGUCAUACAAAAAGGGACACAGCACCAAAGGCGGUCAUGACGUUCACAAACUGGACGAGUACAAAAAAGAAAAGCACUUCUUCGACGAAGAUCACGAUUCCGGUCAUCACGAAUCCCACGGUGGAUUCCAUCAUGAGUCUGGAUUCAAAAAGGGCGGCCAUAAAAAGGGAGGUCACAAGAAGGGUGGACAUCACGAGGACCAUUAUGGAAAGAAAGGACACAAAGAAUCGGGUGGACAUCAUCACGAAGAAAAGGGACAUAAGGACGCUGGCGGACAUGACGAACAUUGGCACCACGGCUCCAAAUAUGGAAAGAAAGGUGGACAUGAGGGACACAAGAAAUGGGGAUUCAAGAAGGGGGGACACUAAGAUCGAAACUAAUCGUGAUAUUGUUAUUUUUG